CUUUCAUUUUCCAUCUGCUUUCUGCUGCUCACACAUAUCCAGGCUCCAGUACACCGCACACCAACACUGACCCUAAAGUUCAGCUCUGUGAGGAGGAGAAGGGUGUUCAUUUUGAGAAAGCCACAGUGCCCAGAUUGGCCAGAAAUUGCACAAAAAAGAAAGCAGGAUAUUUUGGAGGGAUUCUUGACAAGAUGAUGCACGGGACAAGUAAUGGUGAGCAGCAGCCCAGGACUUCUCAGGACAGCAUUGGAAUGGAAGGUGAUGGAAACCAAGAGCCCAACAAAAAUCAGCUGAGACUUGUCCUGGUGGGUAAAACAGGAGCUGGGAAAAGUGCAACAGGAAACAGCAUCCUUGGGGAAAGAGUAUUUGACUCAAGACUAGCACCAAAGUCAGUGACCAAGAACUGUAUGAAAAGAAGCAGAUUGUGGAAUGAGAAAGAAAUUGUAGUUGUGGAUACUCCUGGGAUUUUUGACACUGAUGUGUCUGACAUGGACACUUCCAGGGAGAUUAUGCGCUGCCUCAUUAUGUCUUCCCCUGGGCCUCAUGCCAUCAUCCUGGUGGUCCCACUUAGUCGUUACACCAAGGAGGAACAAGAUGCAGUAAAGAAGAUCCUGGGAAUUUUUGGUUCCAAAGCCAAGGAAUAUCUGGUCCUUUUAUUCACACGGAAGGAUGAUUUGGAAGGUAUUGAUUUGAAUCACUACUUAUGUGAAACUACAGAUAAAGGUUUGAAAGAUCUGAUAGGUCAGUUUGAUGGAAGAUACUGUGCAUUCAACAACCGGGCAACUGGAAGUGAACAGGAGGCCCAGGUAACAGAGCUCCUGAGCUUGGUUGAGCAAGUAGUACAGAAGAAUGGAGGCUUUUGCUACACAAACAAGAUGUAUCAACUGACUGAAAAGAUAAUUCAGGAAGAAACUGAAGCACAUCAAAGAGCCUGCAAGCAAGAACUAGAAAGACUGAGACAGAAAACAAUACAGGAAUAUGAAGAGAAAAUCAGAGACUUACAAGAUGAACUGGAGAAAAAGAAAAUAAAAGAAAAUACAUUUAGGCAUCUUGCAGAAGAAGAAGCUUUCUAUGAAAACAAGCAAAGAAAUGCCAGAAAUGAGGUUUUAAGCCAAAAUAAAUACAUUGAAAUAAUCAAGAGCUUUUUGAAAUCAGCAUUAUCUACCAUUCAAAACAUAUUUGAAGUUUAAGGAAAUUAGUGAAAAACAUCCUAUACUUUCUGCUCUAGCUUCUAUUGAUCCUCAAUGAAUACUCAGCUCUCCUGAAUCAGUUGUACAACUCAGGUCUUCAAGAAUAAAGAUAAUUGUCAAUCAUUUAUCAUGAAAAA